UUAUCAUAUAUGAAUACUGGACAUCUACUCCGUACCGAUGAGCAUAUGAUAAGCUGCGCGGGGGAAUAAUCUUUUCAACAGAACCAGUAUAAAGUAGAUGCAUCUCUCUGCCUAGUUUUGGGUGUCUGGGAUAUCCCAGAUCGUGCAAGAUGGCUUCCUCUUCUGCUGCUGCUGCUGCUGCUGUGGAUCAUACAUCCAAGGGCAGUUUUGCUCUUGUCUAUCAGAAUCCUUAUCUUUUUGGGGUUGCAUCGUUUUCAACACUUGGUGGCCUCUUAUUUGGCUAUGAUCAGGGCGUGGUCUCAGGUGUCCUGACCAUGGAGUCAUUCGGGGCGCGUUUCCCUCAUAUUUAUUCGGAUAGCGGAUUUAAAGGGUGGUUUGUGUCUACUCUUCUUCUUGCUGCUUGGUUUGGGUCGCUUGUCAAUGGACCUGUUGCUGAUAGACUUGGUCGAAAACUGUCUAUCAAUGUUGCGGUUUUGAUCUUCAUUGUCGGAUCUGCUAUCCAGUGCGGUGCUAAGAAUGGGGCGAUGCUUUUCGUUGGCAGAGCCAUUGCUGGGCUGGCCAUUGGCCAGUUAACUAUGGUGGUACCUCUUUACAUUUCCGAGGUCUCUAUACCCGAGAUUCGCGGUGGGCUGGUGGUUCUACAACAACUCUCUAUCACUUUUGGAAUUUUAGUCAGCUACUGGAUCGACUACGGUACAAAUUACAUUGGAGGAUCACACUGUGCCCCUAAUAUCCCCUACACCGGUGGAACAAGCGCAUCUCCCUCCUUCGAUCCUUACCACGAUGUACCAUCCAGCGGCUGCACAGGUCAAUCCGAAGCAUCAUGGAGAUUACCACUAGCCAUUCAAAUUCUCCCAGCCAUAAUUCUAGGACUGGGGAUGCUCUUCUUCCCUGAUUCACCCCGAUGGCUCCUAAUGAAGGAGCGUGACGACGAUGCCCUAAAAGCAUUAUCCAGACUACGACGACAGGCCCGAGAUGCACCUACGCUCUUGAAUGAAUAUCUAGAAAUCAAAGCUUCGAUCAUGCUGGAGAAUACAUUCGCAAGAGAAAAUUUUCCCAACUUGUCUGGGGUUAAGCUACAUGCUGCUCAGUACAUGUCUUUCUUUACCACAUGGGCGCGGUUCAAGCGUCUGGCGAUUGGGUGUUGUGUUAUGUUUUUCCAGCAAUUUAUGGGUUGUAACGCUAUCAUCUACUAUGCCCCGACAAUCUUUGGACAACUUGGACUUGAUGGAAAUACGACAUCCCUCCUGGCUACCGGUGUAUACGGCAUCAUCAACUGCCUAAGUACCCUCCCGGCUCUUUUCUGGAUCGACAAACUCGGCCGUCGUGUCCUACUCAUGUCCGGCGCAGUAGGCACUUGCAUCUCACUAGUCAUCGUCGGAGGCAUCAUCGGAGCCUACGGAUCAACCCUGAUAAAUCAUAAAUCUGCCGGGUGGGCAGGAAUCGCCUUUAUUUUCAUUUACGACAUCAACUUUUCCUACUCAUUUGCUCCAAUCGGCUGGGUUCUGCCUUCGGAAAUUUUCAAUCUUUCUAUCCGUUCCAAGGCGAUUUCAAUAACUACCUCGGCAACGUGGAUGUGUAAUUUUAUCAUCGGCUUGGUCACCCCGAACAUGCUCGAAUCCAUCACCUGGGGCACAUAUAUCUUCUUCGCGGCAUUCUGCCUGAUAGCAUUGGGAUUCACUUUCUUCUGCAUCCCCGAGACUCGUGGAAAGACUCUCGAAGAUAUGGAUCUUAUUUUCGGGGAUACAGCAGCCCACGAAGAGAAGCAGCGUAUUGUUCAGAUCGAGGCCGAGCUGCGUGGUACUGGGACCUUGAAUAAGGAUACAUUCGACGAGCCGUUUGUGCAACAGGAGGAGAAUGCCGCUUGAAUUUCUGAAGGCAUUUCUCAAUUCUGAGAAAUGCAUCCAUCAAGUGGCGAAGCUGUGACGCCAGCUGAUAUAACCCCAAUAUGUACAGUCGAGCUUGAAUCAUGAAAGAUCGGUUUGCGGCGUGAAAUUCACCCAAUCGGAGAAAUCCAUCCCUCCUAUGUUCAACUCUUGGUCAACGCCCUGGAAGAUACUACCAAAGGUGGCAUCGUUGAAUAGUGAAUCCGGAAAGUUCAUCAUCAUCG